GCAGGGAAAAAAAAGUGAUAAGCAGCUUCUGGGUUUUGCUUUCAAGCGCUCUCCUGCUGAAUCGGUGUGAGGGAGUGUGAAUGUGUGUGUGUUUUUCUGGGGGCGUUCGCUCAGUCUCUUGCCACAGUAGCAGCACAGGGACGGGCCCGAACAAAAGGCUAAACGCAGCAACGCCACAGGAGGACAAACUCAGGGAUAGACGCAGCCAGAGUGGCCCAGUGUAACGGCAGCUUCUCAGGGGAGGAACUCAACCUGCCGUUUUUGCUCUCUUGGCCAAGGAGAAGAGAUACAAGACCAGGCUCUGUCUCUGUUUUGUCUUUCAUUCUGCCUCUAUCUGUCCUCUUCUGUAAUUCUUGCACCUGCCCAUACCUGGGCAUCACCCCCUUUCAUCCACCAGUCCUUUCAAGAUGUCCAACGAUGACUGCCUCUCGCCCAUCGGCCUGGACUGCUGCAGCUGCUGCCUAGACCUGGCCAACGGCUGCGAUGACUCCAUGUCCAGUGCUAGCAGUCCAUCCGAUGGCCUGCCAGGGAGCCCCACCAGCCCCAGCGUCAGCCACUUCCGCCAGCUCCGGAACCAGCUGAUGUACCAGAACCUGAACACGGACAAGCUGAACAACAUCAUGAGGCAGGAUUCGCUGGAGUCGGUGGUGAGGGACCCUUGCUUCCUGCUCAAUGAGGGGAUCUGCAACAGCAACAUUGACCAGACAAUGCUGUCCAUAUUGCUCUUCUUCCAUAGUGCCUCUGGUGCUAGCGUUGUGGCCAUCGACAACAAGAUUGAGCAGGCCAUGGAUCUGGUGAAGAACCACCUAAUGUACGCAGUUCGGGAGGAGGUGGAGAUCCUAAAAGAACAGAUCAAGGAGCUGGCGGAGAAAAACAACCAGCUAGAAAGGGAGAACUACCUGCUGAAGAACCUGGCCAGUCCAGAGCAGAUGGAGAAGUUCCAGUCACACGUCCCGGCAGACGCGCUGUUUGACAAUCAGAGCUCUCAGCUGUCCCAGGACCAGCACCAGCUGCAGAGCUGCAUCCACAGCACUGGCUCUGCUGUGUAAGUGGCUCUGCCUUGGGGCGGGCAGAGCCACUGUCUCCUACCAGUAAUGGACCUCCGAUUUGAGCUUAAGCGUUACAAUAAACGCCGCCGCUGAGAAAAACCUUCGACACAGAAGGUGAAGCAUCGCGGCUGUAAAUGAUCGAUGGGACACAAAAAGAACUGUUGACACUGAUAAGCACAAAACAGAACUUUUAGACGCUCUGACUGGUGUGGUGUCAGGCCCGUCCUCAGACACCGUCCAACUCUUAGUCGUAGUCUCUGUGUAGACAAAAGCGCAGAGAAUAGAGAGCGGGCCGACCAAGACACAGACAAGCGCUUGCUUUAAGAAAUGCUGAACUCUUCCAAACAGCCACCCUUUUGCUCUAGAGGUGGCGUAAGGGGGGUUGACCGGGCUCGCCCUGCAGGUGCUGCCUUGGAAAGUGCGAUCACCCAGAGGAAACCCAUCUGAGAUGGUCCUCCAUGCCUCAACGAGAAGAGCCCCAUCAUGUGGAUUUGUUCGAUCUCCAAAUACAAGUUUCAAGGACUCCCAGUGACACAUUUCAGCCACAUUGCCAGGACUUUUCCUGUACCUACGAUGUAUUCCUUGUUGUUCAUGUACAUUUAAGCAUAACACAAAUAAUCUACAGGAUAAGCUAAGGAAACAGAGGUGGAGGUUGAUGCAGUAUAGCCUGUUAAAGCUGGUGGACCGCCACAGUAUCAGUAUACUGACCUGAUUCAUAAAAUAUAAUCUCAUGUUGUCUGCAGUCGGGGCUUGCUGCUUGUUGGGGAAAUUAAUCCUGCUUUAUCUUCUGUUUUUGUUAGUGAUUCUGAACAAAAAUCAGCUGUUUGUAAAAAUAGGAGCAUUGUACUGCAGUCUUAAAGAGUUAUUUUGUAAUUAAGAGGGGCAACAUGUCUGGCCCUCUGUUUGCCAGAGCUCUUCAGAGUAACAGAUUACUACAUUGUACAUAAUCAUCCAUGGUGGAGAUGGCGAGCGAGCAUUUGUCGCUGCAGAUGCACUCCUGAUUUUAGCAGCGAUGUCCAGUAUCUGGUCCGUUUUCUGCCAAGUAGUAAGAACAAUGGCAUGACAACAGUGCCUGUCCAUGAAUGAAAAGAAAGGAAAACAUUUCCACACUGAGCUCUGCUGUUGUUGUUUUCUAGCUACCAAAGACUUUUGCCUUUAUUUUCUCUCAACAACAGAAGCCAAGCAAACCAGGACCAUGUGUAAGAGUUCACAGGGAGAAGUCUCGUUUGUAGCUAGAGCUAAAGUUUCUAUGUUUUUGUAAAGAUAACGGUAUUGUUGCUGUAAUGUAUCCUCUGAAUGGUUGUUCACUAUGGUGUUUGGAUACGACUGCACAUUUGCAAUAAACCUUAUGUUUACAGAAUACA